UGAGUGUGUUCAGACAGCCAAGUCAGUGCUCCGAUGGACGUGGUAACACCAACUCUGUCCUUAUUUAUCGUGCAUUAAUUUUUUGAUUUAUCAAUGCUGUUGAUGUAAAUAACGAAGAAUAGUAUGUGUCAAGUUUUAACGAGACAGUUUAUCGUGGAGUGAAUAAUCUUCUGAAUGAAUUGUCAAGUAUCGUGAAUUAUUAUUCACCGUAAAAGGCUGUUAAUUAUUAUUUUUUUUCACGUGACAGUUGAACGGAAAAUUGAAUAUUUCUGUUCUCAGUUAAAAUAAAAAAUUUUCUCGGUCUAAUCCGCGAUUAACUGAUGAACGGGGGCAAAGUAUCUCGCGGCCUCUACAGGAAAUAAUAAUUCUUAUCAAUUUUGUUUUGAUAAUGCCAAUCGUUUGACCGUGACGCGAGAUUUUUUAUCGGGAAUCGAGUGUGCAACUGCUAUCGCGGAUGUGAUUGUCAAUUAAAUUGAAUGAAAAAAAUUCUAGUGUUGAAAGAGAAAAAAUAAAAUCCAUAUCAGUCCUUUAUUAUCACCGUAGCGAAUGGGUAAAGAAAUUUAAAAAAAAUAACUGCUGAAAAAAGUCACUAUCACUGACGUUAUAUAUACCUGGUACAACGCGCCGGAUGCCCGUAAAUUGUUGCGGCGUAUAAUUAAAGUCGUCUUGAGACGAGUGAGUUGGAUGAGAACGGCCGGGACGACCUGCAACGAUUGCCGCCCAGUAAAAAAGUUGUUGAAAAACGAAUAUACUUUGGAAAGGAAGAGGAAAAUAUCCAGAUAACUCGCACUGAAGUACAAGAAAAUACCGACAAUUUGCACCAAAUAAUUUUCCCUUUUAUUUAUUUAUUUGGCAAAUUUUUUUGUGUACAGUAUUUAUCACCGAAUUAUUCUACAACGUGGCAAGUGCAUACUUGAGGGUAGAAUAGUGACGUACGAAUGUACAUGUGUGAUAACACGUGCAGUCAAUUUUAUGUGCUGUGAUAAAACUUGUGAUAUUUUAUUCAGCGAAAUAAAAAAAAUUGUCUAGAAUUGUGAUUGCUGUUAGAGUUUAUGUGGCUCACGGCUGCGACAGAUACUCGGGCGUUUUCUUCACCAUUUGUGAAUCAAUAUACGAUAUUUCGAGGGAAAAUUCAUGGACAUAUGUUUGAUGGAAGCAGUUCUAGAGCUUCUGAAGAUUAAUUAAAAUAUCAAAUUUCGCUCACGAGUGAAAAAAAGCUCAGCCAACCGGACGUGAAUAAUUCGAAUCACAAGAGAGACUGCAGGAGCAACACCAAUAUAUAUUUUUCAUUAUUAAUAAUCACCGAGGUGAUAAACAUCCAGCAUAACGAGCGUCGAAAACGGCACAUCGGGUCAGGACAGGUGGACACUACAAAGUGUUGUGGAAAUGCGACUCAUACAGAGACUAGCAGUUAGCGGUCUCGUCUCGGUGGUGUUGAUUGUCCUCUUAACUGGUACAUUUAUAACUAGACGAGAUUUAGCGAGCGUUGUAGACCGCGGAGCUGGCCCUGGAGAGAGAUCUGACCAGGUUAAUCCAGCCUGGGUUCCCGACAAUUCAGUACCCAAACAGGAUAAUAAGAUGAAUGAAAUCAGGGACAGACGUCCGGUUAAUGUGAGACACAGGCCACCAGAUUAUUUGGAACAAGAGUCGGCUGUUGCACCUAAACCUGGAGUUGCACCGAUAACUUAUACCAUCAGGUCACCAAAUCCACCGUUGGAUGACGUGACCAAUCAACGACGCGAGAAAGUCAAAGAGAUGAUGUUGCACGGCUGGCAGCAGUACGUUACGUAUGCCUGGGGCAAGAAUGAACUCAAACCUAUAUCGAAGAAGGAACACGUUGCCAGCAUCUUUGGUACGACUGCCAUGGGUGCCACCAUUGUCGAUGCUCUUGAUACACUCUAUAUCAUGGGGCUGCAUGAAAAAUUCAAUCAAAGCAGAGCGUGGAUAGCUAAGAACCUCGACUUCGAUAUCAAUUCGGAAGUGUCAUUAUUUGAGACGAAUAUCCGCUUCUUGGGUAGUCUUUUAUCGUCGUACGCCCUCACAGGCGAUGAGAUAUUCAAAGAGAAGGCUCGUCAGCUGGGUGAGCGGAUGCUACCGGCGUUUCAAACGGAAACUGGAAUACCGCAUUCCCUCAUCAACCUGCACACUGGGACGAGUAGAAAUUACGGAUGGGCAAGCAGUGGCUGCAGCAUUCUCUCUGAAAUUGGCACUUUGCAUCUUGAAUUUGCGUAUCUCAGUGAUAUAACUGGCAAUCCAGUGUUCAGGAGUAAAGUGGAGCAUGUGAGAAAAGUGUUGAAAAAUCUGGAAAAGCCAAAGGGACUCUAUCCAAAUUACAUCAAUCCGCGAACUGGAAAGUGGGGCCAACAUCACAUGUCCCUGGGAGGGCUAGGGGACAGUUUUUAUGAAUAUCUCCUGAAAGCGUGGAUUCAGUCAGGAAAAGAGGAUGUGGAGGCUCGCGAAAUGUAUGACGAAGCAACAGCAGCCGUUGUAAAAAAUAUGGUUAAAAAAUCGCCAAGUGGAUUGCUAUAUAUCAUGGAUUUGAAGUUCGACAGACCCGAGUAUAAAAUGGGCCAUCUCGCCUGUUUUGCAGGUGGAAUGUUCUCACUGGGAGCUAAAACAAAAGAGAACGAGGUGACAGAUAAAUACAUGGAGAUCGCUGCGGGUCUAACAAAUACUUGUCACGAAUCCUAUGAUCGUAGUGCGACUAAACUCGGACCCGAGGUCUUCCACUUCAUCGAGGGUAACGAGGCACGGAGCCUCAGGAGCGGCGAAAGAUAUUACAUCCUCCGGCCUGAGACAUUUGAGUCCUACUUCGUGAUGUGGCGGCUUACCAAGGAUCCUAAAUACCGAGAGUGGGGUUGGGAAGCCGUACAGGCGCUGGAAAAGCAUUGUCGUGUACCAGGAGGAUUCACGGGACUCCUUAAUGUGUAUCUGGUAGAUUCACCAAAGGACGACGUACAGCAGAGUUUCUUCUUUGCCGAGACACUGAAGUAUCUCUAUCUGCUAUUCAGCGAUGAUAAUCUCAUAAGCCUCGAUGACUGGGUUUUCAAUUCAGAAGCACAUGUCUUACCCAUCAAAGGAAAGCCAUUCUACCGGGCUGAACCAAUAUUAUAAAUCAAGAUCAGUUGAAUUUUUUUUUAUAGAAUUGCCAAUGGGUUGAUCGGUAAAAUAUCCAAUUUAUUGAACGAUUGGCGCUUUGCAUUAAUGAAAUUUCCACUCAACGAUUGAAAAUUAGAUGAAGUGAAAAUGAACUAUCAAUCGUCGACUAGAAUAAUUGUAAAUAAAUGAUUAUGUGGGUGAUGGUGAUGACGUGUGUGAAUGCCUGAUUAUUGUUGAAAUAACUGAUUGGGAUUGAUGACUUGUUCCUAUCGAUUUUUCUGCGCGAAUGUACAUGAUCAUUCAUGUGGCCUAAAUAACUGAGGACGCACGCUAAUUCUCCUUUUUUUUACUAGGCAAUAAUUCUUGUGUACAAUGAGAUUCUUCAAUUUGUGAAUUUGUUGACUCGUUGCUAGCUUCACGUAUCGUGUAUUAUAAUGCUGAAGCUACUGUAACGAUAAUAGAAAAAUUAGUGUAAUGAAUUUUGUGAAUGAUUAAAACUUGGUAAAACUGAUGAAUGCCUUCCACAGGCUGAUAAAAAUAUAUGAAAGCUCAUUAAAUAAUUCACCGUCUCUUUACGAGCCAAUUAGUAUCAUCAGCCAUUCGGUUUUUCAUCUUAGCUGUCCCUCACACAAGUGCUCCUUCGACUGAAAAUUUUUUAAUUGUUGAAAAUUUAUGGAAAAUUUAAUUUUGUUUCCCUGGACAAAAAAAUAAACAGAGGUAUAUAUGUAGAGAUCGAGGCAUUUUAAUGAAUGAUUGAUGCUCGAGGCUGCAAGUGGGAAACGAAAUACACUUAACAAUCAUGAAUGCAAAUUCCAAUUUAUGCCAAUUACCAAUAUAUUCACCAUAACGAUGCGAUUGUGUGCAAUUUUUUUUUUACAAUCAAAGAUUGAAAAACUUGAUUGCGCGGUUGAGGUGCCAGAUAAAAAUGGAAACAAUCUAUAUACAGUUAUGUACAUGUAUGCUUGACAGUUGGUGAUUUACUAAUCAUCAAGAGAACCAUUUAGCUAACAAUUUUAAUGAAUAAAUGAGGAGUUAAUGAGAUGAAGAAAACGAUACUUAGGGAAAUGUGUAUUGAGCCUACAAGUGUACAUAAUAAAUUACAUGAAAGUCAUAUUCUGUAUGAGGUUUGUGGAGUAGUGUGUCGUACUGAUUAGUUCAGGACAAAUGCGAUUGUGUAGUUGUUGCAACGAAAAUGUAAAGUAUAAAAUGGAAGUCUUGACUUUUUUUUUCAUACAGAGUAAUUGAUUAUGACACGCCUUUUUAUGAUUAAAAGGGAUUUGUAAACGAGCCAGUGUUGGCGAUAAAAAAAAUCUUCCGAAUAAAAUUAAAGAAGUGUACAACAUGAAUUUUAAUGGCAUUUGUGGUACUUAAGCGUGCCGAUGACUAUCAUACUGCAUUGAUCAGGUUUUUUAAAAAUAUAUUUUCCAGAAUUUUAAGUCUUCUGAUAAUAAUUUCUCACGAAUAAUGUAAAAUGAAACAUUUACUGAAAAUUCUUCCAAUGUAACUACUGUUUUACUGCGACAGAGUGUUUAUAUGAUGCGAUAAAAAAAAAAGAAGGAUAAUGUACGUACAUCUAUUUCUAAGAUUAGAAAUAGUUGAUUCAUUAUACAUAAUGUUGGCAAUUACUUAACGACCACAACUGAUUUUUAUAUUUAACAAACUUCGAUCUUUUUCAUCAAUGAAAGAGAAGAGCUACAAGACAUGUAUCAAUGAAAUAAUAACGAUAGUAAUAAUAUAUUAAAGGGAAGCCUCUGAAGUCAGCAAUCUAUAGUAAUAAUUAAUCGCCUAUGAGAGAACAUUGUGAAUAGUUAUUUAAUAAUUUAUUAUUGUUGAUUAGAGCGUGUUACUUUAAACGCCCAGAAAGUGCAUAGAAAAAACAAUUUCACGCGGGACUCUCAAGUAUCUGAAAUAUUUUCAAUUGCUAGAUAAAAUUGUAUUCAUCUACACUACCACCACUUUUUUUAUUUAGCCUACACUGCCGGGGGGAAUACAUUUCAAUGAAACAAAAAUUACUUCCAAAAUUGUGCAAUUUACACAGCAGAAUUGACAGAGCGAUCUGAAAAAAAAAUGUAACAAUGAAAGCAUUAUAAAAAUACAGAUAUAUUUAAUGUUGAGACAUCCUUUUUCAUAAUAAAGCCAUCAAGAAAAAAAUAAAAGUGUAAAUAACAAUAAUGGAAAACAAAGUGGAAAUCACAGUAAUAAUGGAAUUUAAUUUGAAAAUGAAUUUAUGUGAACGAUAAUUUACCAUGAGUCAGUGAUUAAAUAAAUAAAUAUCAAUAAUAUAAA